CAAGAGCAGCGAGACGGGCUCGAGCCGCCCGCGCCAGCCCGGCGGGCCGGCGUUUGGAGAGGAGAUGGGAGGGCGAUAACGCGGCUCCGGGGCUUUCCGGGGCCGCCUCCGAGACUCCCGUGACCUGACAGAGGCAACUAUAAAGCCCGGCAGGCUGCUCGCCCGGCGCGUGCGGAGCCGGAGCACGAUGGCCGCGCUGCAGGAGAAGAAGACAUGUGCCCAGCGCAUGGAGGAGUUCCGGCACUACUGCUGGAACCCCGACACCGGGCAGAUGCUGGGCCGGACCCUGUCCCGGUGGGUAUGGAUCAGCCUCUACUACGUGGCCUUCUACGUGGUGAUGAGUGGGCUCUUCGCUCUGUGCAUCUACGUGCUCAUGUCCACCAUCGACCCCUACACGCCCGACUACCAGGACCAGCUCAAGUCGCCAGGGGUGACCUUAAGGCCAGACGUUUACGGGGAGAAAGGCCUGGAGGUUUCCUACAACGUCUCCGACAACAGCAGCUGGGCAGGCCUCACGCGCACGCUCCACGCCUUCCUAGCAGGUUACUCUCCGGCGGCCCAAGAGGACAACAUCAACUGCACCUCCGAGCGGUACUUCUUCCAGGAGGGCUUCGGGGCUCCCAACCACACCAAGUUCUCCUGCAAGUUCACGGCAGACAUGCUGCGCAACUGCUCCGGCCUGGUGGACCCUGACUUCGGCUUUGAAGAAGGAAAGCCGUGUUUUAUUAUUAAAAUGAACAGGAUAGUCAAGUUCCUCCCCAGCAACGGCUCGGCCCCCAGAGUGGACUGCGCCUUCCUGGUGAGUACCGAUGCACCCCCCAAGGACGUGGAGCCGCUGCAGGUCGAGUACUCCCCUCCCAACGGCACCUUCAGCCUGCACUACUUCCCCUACUACGGGAAGAAAGCGCAGCCCCACUACACCAACCCUCUGGUCGCCGCGAAGUUUCUCAAUGUCCCCAAGAACACGGAGGUCACCAUCGUGUGCAAGAUCAUCGCGGAGUAUGUGACCUUCGACAAUCCACAUGACCCGUAUGAAGGGAAAGUGGAGUUCAAACUCAAGAUCCAGAAGUGAGAGUCCGGACGUGCUGGAACCCGCAGGAUGGCUCCCCGCGCCCCCAGCGUCCCGCCCAGUCGUCUUGGAAACAUUCUGGAAGGACGAUGCCGCAGUCCACGUCAGGCACACACCCCUCGCUACCAGCUCUUGCUCAUCAAGCCCUCCCUGUGUCCAGACAGAACCUGCAGCUAUGGCAGAUGCUGGGCUCACAUGGUGACCCGAGGCAGGAACUGCCCAAUCAUCAAGGCCACGAAAUUCACCUUCUCCUGUGUAGACAGCACGGUCUUGCCGAAUCCCUCUACGUUCAGUGUGAACUACGACCCUCUAUGUCCAGUGUGAACUACGACCAGGAGACGCCAGCACUGUCAGUGCCCUGAGGGGAAACAGCCAGUGAUGACGCAGGUGCUGCAUCCUUGCUUUGAAAAUGCAGCUCCUGAGUUGUAUUUAAUAAUAAUAAACACAUUAAAGUUA